UGGACCGCAUCACUUCCGUUUCGCGGCGCUAGGGUUUGGAUAGGCAACCGAGAAGCUCCGUACCUCCGCUCCCUCUUUGCCGCGGGCGCCGCGGUGUCCAUUCCUUCGUCGCUUGUUCGAUCAUGGCGGAACAGACAGAGAAGGCGUUCUUGAAGCAGCCGAAGGUGUUUCUGUGUUCAAAGAAAUCUGGAAAGGGAAAGAGACCCGGAAAAGGUGGGAAUAGAUUCUGGAAGAGUAUUGGUCUUGGCUUCAAGACUCCCAGGGAAGCCAUCGAAGGAACCUACAUCGAUAAGAAGUGCCCAUUCACUGGCAAUGUAUCGAUUCGAGGUCGCAUCCUAGCAGGCACAUGCCACAGUGCCAAAAUGAACAGAACCAUCAUUGUGCGCCGCAACUACCUUCACUAUGUGAAGAAAUAUCAAAGGUAUGAAAAGAGACACUCGAACAUUCCUGCACACAUAUCGCCCUGCUUCCGUGUGAAGGAAGGUGACCAUGUUAUCAUUGGUCAGUGCAGGCCACUGGCAAAGACUGUUGGAUUCAAUGUACUAAAAGUCAUCCCAGCUGGAUCAACAAGUGGAGGUGGGAAGAAGGCCUUUGCUGCAGUUUGAAUCUUACUUGAAGUGCUCUAAUUUAUCUCCAAUUUUGUGUUAGACUCUGUUUGGAAUUCACGUGGUUUUAGUUAAUUCAUUUUUAUCUCUGAUUGACGUGAACUCGUGUAUAAUUUCUCUAUAUUAAGUUUACUUGCGAAAUUGUGCAACAA